AUGUUCGCCAUCUUCCAGAAGUCAUCCUACCUCGCAGCAUACACCGUACACUCCCCCGCCACCCCCAACCCAUCCAGCACCCACCUCCCCUCCCUCGCAGCCUCCACCUCAGCACAGAAGACAUUCAAUGUCGGCCUCUGGAAAGUCAUCCCAGCCACCCACAAGACCACCGGGAAGGAAGUAUCCUUAUGGAUGCUCGAGAAGCGUGUGCUCGAUGGUAUCAGAGCGGGCACUGCCUUUGGUGGGAUACCAGGUAAAGACUGGGUCAUCGAGCAGCUGAAGAAGGAGGCCUCUGCGCUCUCUCGCCUGCGGCAUCCUGAUAUCCUCCACAUGGUCGAGCCGCUCGAAGACUCGCGGUCGGAAAUGACAUUCAUGACGGAAAGAAUCACUUCGUCCUUGUCGUCUCUUGCUGCUGAUGCAUCGGCCUCGAGCGGUUCGUACAGGAGCGGCCGCCCACCAACAGGCGAAGAACGCGGCCAAGGCGAGCUCGACUUGGACGAAGUCGAAAUACAAAAAGGCACUCUCCAAAUCGCCCGUGGUUUGUCCUUCUUGCAUACCCAAGCCAAAGUGGUUCACUUGAAUUUGGGAUUGGAAGCGGUAGUCAUCAACGCAAAGGGCGAUUGGAAGUUGACCGGGUUGUCGCAUACGACUCCACUGAGCCAGCCUGAUGGGUCGGCGACAAAGUAUGUCUUUCCAGAGGUGGACGCGAGGCUGCCGCCGCAGGUGCAGUGGAAACUGGAUUAUCUUGCCCCCGAGUACGCUCUAGACAACUCUCUCAACCAAUCCAACGAUCUGUACUCCUUGGGCUGUAUACUCUACGCUGUACACAUGGGCGGCAAACCGCCUUUCGAAAACCGCGGCUCCAUGCAAAGUCUCAGAGAGAAUAUAGAAAACAAGCUGGUCACCCGUGAAUGGGCGAGUGGAAGUAGAUGGGAUCGGUGCAGCUCAGAGCUGAAAGAUCUUCUUCCUCGGUUAUUGACGCGGCACCCCUCUACAAGACUGUCUCUCCCCUCACUUCCCCCCCACCCGUUCUUCUCCUCCCUCGCCAUAUCCACUCUUUCGUUCCUCGACCCAACUACAUUCGCCUCCAAACCGAGAGAAGAGAAAGCGACAUUCUUGAGAGGACUCGUGAGGGUACUACCAGGGUUUUCUGAAAGGCUGAGAAAAGGGAAGGUUCUGCUUAGUCUUCUGGAAGAGAUGAAAGACUCGUAUCUCCUGCCGUUCAUCCUGCCAAACGUCUUUGAAAUAUCGAAAUCACUUAGCAAAGAAGAAUUCAACACUGUCCUCGUCAAGCUCCAACCCCUCUUUGCGCUCAAAGAUCCUCCUCAAAACAUGCUCACACUCUUGGAGCACCUGACUCUGUUUGAAGAAAAGACGACCCCCCAAGCCUUCCGCGACAACAUCAUGCCCCUGAUCUACAACUCCCUCGAAAGCGAGCACCUCCCCGUCCAAGAACGCGCCCUCAAAACCAUCCCCCACCUCACCUCCAUCCUCGACUAUGCCACCGUCCAAAACGUCCUCUUGGUCAAGGUUGCGAUCGUAUUCAGGGGCACGAGGGUACUGAGUGUCAAGGUGCAGACGUUGGAGUGUUUUGGGGCGAUGGUGGGGACGUUGGAUAAGGCGACUUUGACGGGAAAGUUGGUGCCGUUGUUGGCAAAGAUCAAGACCAAGGAACCUGCUGUAAUGAUGGCUACGCUAGCGGUGCAUGAAGCGAUGGGGUCGAAAGUGGAUAGAGAAGCUGUGGCGACGUUGGUCUUGCCGCAGUUGUGGUCAAUGUCUAUGGGUCCUUUGCUCAAUGCGAGUCAGUUUGCAAAGUUUAUGGCGGUCAUCAAAACGCUAGGAUCUCGUGUCGAAGAAGAGCACUCUCAGCACUUGAAAGAUGUCGGCCGUAUAGAAGCCCAGACCGCGAGCCUGGCCGCUGCAAAUUCUGCCGCUCUCAACGGCGGUUCAGGUCAUAACCAGGGCGGAGAGGUCGACUUUGAGACUCUUGUCCGUGGCUCCAAUUCCUCCCCCGCUUUGGGCUUCAAUGUCAAUAGCACGAGUACUCCCGUGGCUGAUAGCUCGACCACUAUCACCGAUCCGUGGGACGACGAAAACUGGCUCAGCCAGCCAUCUGACGCGGGGCUAUCCUCGACUUUCCCUUCGUUGAGCGUCAACAACACUGCUAGCACCUUCCCUGGUCUUUCUGCACCAGCCUCGCCGAAACCACCGGCGACGAAUGGUAUGGCGUCGUUGCAGCCUACAAAGCCUAUAGGGGCUCCAAAGCUAAAGGCGAAACCCGUCCCGGCGGCCUCAUUCAAUUCAUCUGCUUUUGCGCCACCUCCCUCUGCUCCUUCGACGUCCACGACGUCACAGCCGACAUCCAUGUCUUCGCUACCUCCUCUACAGCCGACAUCAUCGUCGUUCGGGACGUUGCAGCCUCAGCAGGCUAGUAGGACGCCUUCCUAUACCUCUACCACGGCAGGCUCAGGUGGAGGAGGAGGACCGAAUUACAAUAUAUCUCUCUCCCCCCAGCCUCCCACUCAGAGUUCUUACCAGUCGUCCCCACUAUCCUUCAUGACACCACAACCUGCCCAGGCUACGCGCCCCCUACAACCAUCCCAGCCUUUACAACCGGCUCGACCUGCAAUACCGACUAUGCAGCCGGUGGUGUCUCCCCCGCCGGGAUGGUCUAGCGGGGUGAUGCAGCCCACUUCUGCGCCAAAGCCGACGUGGGGGAAGGGCGCUGCUGCGAGUGGGGCAUCGUCGGAUUGGGGUGAUUUUGAUCCGCUCAAGUGA